CUGGUUCCGGAAGCCGAGUGCUUGGCGGGGGUGGCUCUCCUGUCACCAUGGCGCUGGCUGUUUUGCGGGUGCUGGAGCCCUUCCCGACCGAGACACCCCCGUUGGCAGUGCUGCUGCCGCCCGGGGGCCCGUGGCCUGCGGCGGGGCAGGGCCUGGUGCUGGCCUUGCGGCCUGCAGACGAGAGCCCAGCAGGGCCGGCGCUGCUAGUGGCGGCUCUGGAGAGGCCAGGUGCCGAGACUGAGGAGCAAAGUCCUGGGCCCCCGCAGCUGCUGGUCAGCCGCGCGCUGCUGCGGCUCCUGGCACUGGGCUCCGGGGCGCGGGUGCGUGCGCGGCCGGUGCGGCGACCUCCAGCGCUAGGCUGGGCGCUGCUGGGCACCUCACCGGGACCCGGGCUCGGCCCGCGAGUCGGACCGUUGCUGGUCAGGCGCGGAGAGACCCUGCCAGUGCCCGGACCGCGAGUGCUGGAGACGCGGCCAUCGUUGCAAGGGUUGCUGGGGCCAGGGACGCGGCUGGCUGUGACUGAGCUCUGCAGGCAGCCCAGACAGUGCCCAGAGGGUGGGGACAGCCGCCGACCCCCACCUCCGCCGCUGGUGUCCUCCUUCGCGGCUUCUGGGACAGUCCGGCAUCUCCAGGGAGUUCUGGGAGGGACUGGAGAUUCACUGGGAGUGAGCCGGAGCUGUCUCCGUGGUCUCGGCCUCUUCCAGGGCGAAUGGGUGUGGGUGGCCCGCGCCGGAGGGUUAACGAACACUUCCAUGCCGCACUUGGCCACCGUGCGAGUCCUAGAGCCUCGCUGGGACCUCUCUGAGAGACUGGGACCCGGCUCCGGGCAGCUGGCAGAGCCGCUGGCUGACGGACUGGCGCUCGUGCCUGCCACUCUGGCUUUUAAUCUCGGCUGUGAUCCCGUGGAAGUGGGAGAGCUCAGAAUUCAGAGGUACUUGGAAGGCUCCAUCUCCCCUGAAGACAAAGGAAGCUGUUCAUUGCUGCCUGGGCCUCCGUUUGCUAGAGAGUUACACAUCGAAAUUGUGUCCUCUCCUCACUACAGCACUAGUGGAAAUUAUGACCAUGUUCUUUACCGGCACUUUCAAACAGCCAGGGUAGUCCAGGAAGGGGAUGUUCUAUGUGUACCAACAAUUGGGCAAGCAGAGAUCCUGGAAGGAAGUCCAGAGAAACUGCCCAGGUGGCGAGAGAUGUUUUUUAAAGUGAAGAAAACAGUUGGGGAAGCCCCAGGUGGGCCAACCAGCGCCUAUCUGGCAGAUACCACCCAUACGUCCUUAUACAUGUUAGGUUCUACCCUGAGCCCUGUUCCAGCGCUUCCUUCAGAAAGAUCUACUGUCUGGAGCAGCUUGUCUCCUCCAGGCCUGGAGGCCUUGGUGAUGGAGCUCUGCACUGCCCUGAAGCCGCGCCUCCAGCUGGGGGGGGCACUGCUGACAGGAAGUAGCUGUGUCCUUCUUCGGGGCCCCCCAGGCAGUGGGAAGACCACAGCAGUGGCUGCUGCCUGCCUUCGCCUUGGACUCCACUUACUGAAGGUGCCCUGUUCCAGCCUGUGUGCAGACAGUAGUGGGGCUGUGGAGACAAAACUGCAGGCCACCUUUUCCCGGGCACGCCGCUGCCGGCCUGCUGUCCUAUUACUGACUGCUGUGGAUCUUCUGGGCCGAGACCGUGAUGGGCUGGGUGAGGAUGCUCGUGUGGUGGCCAUGCUGCGUCACCUCCUCCUCCAUGAGGACCCCUUAAGCAGCUGCCCUCCUCUGAUGGUUGUGGCUACCACUAGCCGAGCCCAGGACCUGCCUACUGAUGUGCAGACAGCAUUUCCUCAUGAGCUGGAGGUGCCUGUGCUGUCAGAGGGGCAGCGGCUCAGUGUCCUGCAGGCCCUUACCGCCCACCUUCUCCUGGGCCAGGAGGUGAACCUGGCACAGCUGGCAAGGCACUGUGCAGGCUUCGUGGUAGGGGAUCUCUGUGCCCUUAUGACCCACAGCAGCCGGGCAGCCUGCACUAGGAUCAAGAACUCAGGUUUGGCAGGUGGCUUGAGCAAGGAGGAUGAGGGGGAGCUGUGUGCUGCUGGCUUUCCCCUCCUAGCUGAGGAUUUUGCACAGGCACUAGAGCAACUGCAGACAGCUCAUUCCCAGGCUGUGGGAGCACCCAAGAUCCCCUCCGUGUCCUGGCAUGAUGUGGGUGGGCUGCAGGAGGUGAAGAAGGAGAUUCUGGAGACCAUCCAGCUCCCUCUGGAGCAUCCUGAGCUGUUGAGCCUGGGCCUAAGGCGCUCAGGCCUUCUGCUUCAUGGGCCUCCUGGUACUGGCAAGACCCUCCUGGCUAAGGCGGUAGCCACUGAGUGCAGCCUCACUUUCCUCAGCGUGAAGGGGCCAGAACUCAUCAACAUGUAUGUGGGCCAAAGUGAGGAGAAUGUGCGGGAAGUGUUUGCCAGGGCCAGGGCCGCUGCUCCAUGUAUCAUCUUCUUUGAUGAACUAGACUCCUUGGCACCAAGCCGGGGACGAAGUGGAGACUCUGGAGGAGUAAUGGACAGGGUGGUGUCUCAGCUCCUGGCCGAGCUGGAUGGACUUCACAGCACUCAGGAUGUAUUUGUGAUCGGAGCUACAAACAGACCAGACCUCCUAGAUUCUGCGCUUCUGCGUCCUGGCAGAUUUGACAAGCUGGUGUUUGUGGGGGCAAGUGAGGACCGGGCCUCUCAGCUUCGUGUUCUGAGCACCAUCACACGCAAGUUUAAGCUAGAACCUUCUGUGGACCUGGUGAACGUGCUGGAUUGCUGCCCGCCCCAGUUGACUGGUGCAGACCUCUACUCUCUCUGCUCUGAUGCCAUGACAACUGCUCUCAAACGCAGGGUUCGUGACCUGGAGGAAGGGCUGGAGACAGGGAGUUCGGCACUGAUGCUCACAAUGGAAGACCUUCUGCAGGCUGCUGCUCGGUUACAGCCCUCAGUCAGUGAGCAGGAGCUGCUCCGGUAUAAGCGUAUCCAGCGCAAGUUUGCUGCCUGCUAGGCACCACCUGCCAUCAAGGACUACUCACAAUGGGAUGGCCUGAUGGCCCCUCAGACCUGGGAGCACAGGGUCCUUCCUCGGGCUGCUGUCAACCCAUCAACCCACCCGAAGGCUGCCUUCUUCAGGAGAUCCCUUGGGUACAGAGUGGUCUUGUGAGACUCUAGGAGAGCUUGAACAGUAUUGUACUUGCCCCUCCUUCCAUACCAGCCCUCCACAUGCUUAGGAGGAGGGUAUGGGCCCAGCAGUCUGGGGAUCAGCCCUGAGGCGGCCAGCUGUAUGGCAGAAAAUAAAGCAUAUGCUGCCCCUACUGGUGUAGUGAGAGGUCGGGUAGGAAAGAGCCAGGUUA